CUUUUUGAGUUGAUACUGUAGCUGUUAUCCAAUUCCAAAGUAUGAAUUUAGAAUUAUUUACUCGAGACACAAUACUGUAGACAUUACAUGGUUCUGAUAUCCAAGAUCGCUUGAUGCUAAAGCUAGAGAGUCGCAUCGAUAGUUCUGAGAAUAGAGGGCGUUUUCAGAAAUGGGCACCCCGGUAAAGGUAAAGCGGUGGUCCAAGACCGACCGGGGAAUGAAAGCCGAGGAAAAACUGGAUGAGAAUCUGUACGACUUGGAAGCAUGGAAUGUCCUAAUUAGGGAAGCUCAGUCUGGCAUGAUUGAAAGAGGCCGGGAGCUGUACGAGCGUCUGCUCAAGGUCUUCCCGCUGUCCGGGCGCUUCUGGCGGACUUACGUCGAGCAUGAGAUGCGAUGUCAUCAAUUUGAGCAAGUUGAAAAGAUCUUUCAGCGUUCUUUAGUGAAGGUGCUGCAUCUUGACUUGUGGAAGUGCUAUCUGAUGUACGUGAGAGAGACGAAGGCCACGCUACCAGGUUUCAGAGAAAAGAUGACACAGGCGUAUGAGUUUGCAUUGACGAAAGUCGGCCAAGAUAUUGGUUCCACUCAGAUCUGGGUGGACUAUAUUGCCUUUCUAAGAGCUGGUGACGCUUCUGGAUCGUUUGCCGAGAACCAGAAGAUUGCAUCCAUCCGCCGCGUCUACCAGCGCGUGUGUUCGUCACCAAUUCUCAACAUUGACCCGCUGUGGAAAGAGUACAACGUGUUUGAGCAGAACGUCAACAAGGUGCUGGCGAAGAAACUGUGCGACGAGCGCGCCCGUGAUUUCAAGAACGCACUGCGCGUCGCCAAGGAAGCCGAGCAUCUCUUCCGCGACGUUGAGAAGGGUACGCCAUCGGUCCCACCAGGAACGCUGGCCGAUGAACAACAACAGCUUCGGCUCUGGAAGAAGAUCAUUGCCUGGGAGAAGACGAAUCCAUGUCGGUCUGAUAAUCCUGCCACAGUGAAGAGGCGAGUGAUGUUCACCUAUGAGCAGUGCCUCCUUGUGUUUGGCCAUCAUCCCGAUAUCUGGUACGAGGCUGCUCAUUUCCUCUCCGAGUCAGCACGCGGUCUGACUGACAAAUCUGACACCCUAGGGAAGGAAUGGCUCGACGAGGUGACCGUGUUCUUUGAGCGCGCCAUUGGACUGUUCAUGUCCCGUAAUCAGCUGGUUCACUUCGCUUAUGCCGACUUUGAACAGUCGCGCAUGCACUAUGACAAGUGUCAUGAGAUCUAUACACGGCUGAUCAAGUCGCUCGGCGAUACAGAUCACAGUCUGACCUACGUGCAGUACAUGAAGUUUGCUCGGCAGGCCGAAGGCAUGAAGGCGGCUCGCCUGGUGUUUAAGAAGGCCCGUGAGGACCAGCAGUGUGCGCAUCCUGCGUUUGUCGCGGCCGCGCUGAUGGAGUACGCAUGUAGCAAGGACAAGACCAUAGCUAUCAAGAUUUUUGAGCUGGGACUGAAGCGCUUUGCAACCGAGCUGGAGUAUGUGAAGGCGUAUCUGCAGUUCAUGAUCUCCUUGAAUGAGGACAACAAUACACGAGUGCUAUUCGAGCGCUUGGUCGGCGGACUCGCAGAGGACAAGUCUAGGGAGCUGUGGGAUAUUUUCCGCCGAUUUGAGUCCAGCGUCGGCGACUUGUCAUCUUUGCUGAAGGUUGAGAAGCGAAUGACUGAAGUCUUUUCGAAGAGUAUUGAGAACUGUGAAGCACCACUUAUCGUUGAUCGCUAUCGGUUUCUAGGUUUAUGGCCAUGUUCUGAUGAUGAACUACUAUCCAUGAACCAUAAGGAGUUUGCCAAACAGUACUCAAUACUUCGUUCCGGGACACCCACGCUCCUUGCGGCACGCCAGAGCGCGACGAAAGGCGAUGCGACGCAAGCGAAGCCCGUCAGCACGACCGAUUCGUCGGGCCGCGGCAUGCCCGACGUGAAGAACAUGCUUCCCUUCAGACCUAGCGUGCGAGUUGGUGUCAAUGUGCAAGGGGUGCCCGGUGGGUCGUUCCCUCUCCCUCAGCCGCUCACGGAACUCUCGCUAGCCAUUCCGCCACCAACCUCUUUCCAGGGUCCAUUCGUUGUAGUUGAUGACUGGCUGAAGCUGAUAUCCAAGAUUGACAUACCGGAUGAUUAUGAAACAUUCGCCGCCAAGUGGGAGGACCGCGUCAAGCUGGACGGCGACCUGGCCAUGAAGAGCGCCUCGCACUUUGCCUUUGCCAAGUCGUCGUCGCGGAAACGUCACGGUGGCGAGGCGCACGAGAGCGACGAGGAAGACGCCGCUCCGCCGGUCAACGACAUCUACCGCGUCCGCCAGCAGAAGAGAGUGCACACGGCGACGUCCAUGACGUGAGCGCGAUGAGAUGCUGCUGGUGAUCGACGCGAAUGCGCUUGCUGCCCUCGCGUGGUUACUGUUCGGAAAGCAGUCUCGCCGGGCUGCUUUUCUUUCUGUACUGAGAAGUAGCAGUCUGACCUAGCUUCUUCUCUUUUCUAUGCUGCUCUAUUUACAUGGCGACGCUGUGUGUGUGUGUGUGUGUGUGUGUGUGUGUGUGUGUGUGUGUGUGUGUGUGUGUGUGUGUGUGUGUGCAUGUGCGUGCGUGUGCGUGUGUGUGAUUGCGACAGUCAAGCAUCUUGAGCUUAGAAUAAUAGCACUGGGCCAGUUGUAUGCACUGCUGAGAAACGCAGUGUUGCACUAGUGCCCGUUCAAUACCCUUUUCAUACAUUCCCAUCUGCCGAAACCUUGCGCACGUAAACAGUUUGGCGAAUGCCCGCAGACGACAGUGCAGGGAGGCAUUUGAUGCUCACACUGCACCGAUCCAACCAUGAAACUCUCAUGCACCAUCAGCCUUUUAUUAUUUUAUGAAAACUUAUGAAACUCCUUUGAGCGUACAUGUAUUUCACCUGGUCCGAUCCUAUGUAGAAUAUAUACUGAAAUAGUAGUACACUUUCCUGGAUCCUGUUCUCGUAUUCUUCAUUUAUACUUUGAAGUGUUUUCCCUAGUGCAGUUGCGUAUCGUGCAAUCUGGUA